CUUCAUCAUGUACCCACUCGUCCAGAUAAGUUCCUCACUCUGAUUAUUUCAAAUUUUGGUAAAAAAAACUUUUCAAAUUUUGAGAUGUCUUCUGCCACGAAAUAUUUGGUUGCUUUGGCCCUUUUUUCCGCCUCUGCGACAGCAUCUUCCAUCGGAUCCUUUAGCAUUGUUGAGGCCAGUGUUGUACAAAAGACGGCCGGCAGCGCCAGAGGCGUCGUAGGAAAUAUUACUCGCUGUGGUGGGUACGGAACACCAAUUCAACUCAGAAUUUCCGAAUGCGAAGGACGAUGUGCUUUCCAACCUGGUCGAGUGUACAAUAUUGAGUAUGAUUUUAUUCCAAGCUCUGCCGCAACUUCGCUCAGUUUGGCGGUUGACGUCGUGUAUCUCGGAACUCCGCACCGUCUCUUCGACACCGUCCUGCCCGGUUCAUCUGUCCAACCCGGUUUAAUGUACACCGUGAGGUACAGCAUCGUACCGAAUGAUACCUUCUCUGGGAACGCGGUCCUCCUUCGUGCCAUCAUUUACCACACGGAAGGCCGUCUUCUGGAGAUUUGUAUGCAGACGGAAGCCGAUAUUUUGACGAUGCCAUAAAUUAUGGGAUUAUGAAAGAUUACUUAAUAAAUAUUUGUUAUACGAAAUAAA